CUAGAAGCCGACAAGGCGAAAUAUGUCAAGAGCCAGGAGGUCAUCAACGCCAAGCAGGAGCCUGUGAAGCCGGCGGUGCUGGCGAAGCCGCCGGUCUGUCCUGCGGCCAAGCGAGCGCUGGGGAGCCCCACCUUGAAAGUCUUCAGCAACAACACGAAGACCGAGAGCGGCGUCCAGAGAGAAAAUCUGAAACUCGAGAUUUUGAAGAACAUCAUCAACAGCUCCGAAGGCUCCAGCUCGGGUUCAGGGUAUAAGCACGGUCCCCGAAACUGGCCGCCCCACAGAGCCGAUUCGACGGAGCUGAACCGGCACUCGUUCGCCGAAUCUUUGAAGGUUUAUCCCACGCAGGGCCGUAGCAGCCCGCAGGAGAGCAGCUCCAAUGUCAGCAGAAGGCUCCUAGAUCAGUCGGCAGAGACUUUCUUGCAUGUCUCUCACAGCUCCUCAGACAUUAGGAAAGUAACUAGUGCAAAGCCCUUAAAAGCAAUACCCUGCAGUAGUUCAGCCCCACCUCUGCCUCCAAAGCCCAAAAUCGCUGCCAUCGCCACCCUGAAAUCCCCAGAGAUUGAGGCAGUCGAGUCUGGAUGCGGAGUUAGUAGAAGACCCUCCCUACAGCGAUCAAAAUCAGACUUAAGCGACAGAUACUUUCGUGUCGACGCAGAUGUUGAGCGAUUCUUUAACUACUGCGGACUGGAUCCUGAAGAGCUUGAAAACCUCGGGAUGGAAAACUUUGCAAGGGCUAACUCUGACAUUAUAUCCCUCAACUUUCGCAGUGCAAGCAUGAUAAGCUCAGACUGUGAACAGUCUCAGGACAGUAACAGUGACCUUAGAAACGAUGACAGUGCCAAUGACCGUGUGCCAUAUGGCAUUUCUGCCAUUGAAAGGAAUGCCAGAAUCAUCAAGUGGUUAUAUAGCAUCAAGCAAGCUAGAGAGUCACAGAAAGUGUCACAUGUGUGAGAGAAAAUCCACCGUAGAAAAAGCAAGGACUGUAUCUUUGUCUGUGAAUAUUCAGUUGUGAAGGGUUGUGAAGUCUACUUGAAGUCUUGUACACUUCUCAAAUCUCUUUGUGUUGCUUGUUGUGCAAUGUUUCCAAGUUGCAUGCCUGUCAACAUGUGAGCUGACCUGGCUUCCACUUGAACAAUAACUAACUACAAAGCCUGGCUGAGCAUACACAUUAUCUGCCAAAAGUUUAAGACGAGAAUCUAAUUAGGGCUUCAGUAUAAUCAAAGUGUUUACAUGGAAAGGUUAUAUGACUUCUUUGGUAUUUAUGUGGUUCCUUGUGGAUUUUAUAUGUCACUUUUUGUCUUAAUACAGAUAUUGUCAACUGACGUUACUAGCUUCUAAGUUGAAACAGAAUCCCUUUGGGAUUAAGAAAAGCAAAAUUGGCCAAAAUAAGAGGUUUAGGCAUACGACGAUAGGCAAAGCAGCCUUAUCUCUUGUACAAAGUGCAUUAUUGGCACAUGUAAAACUGUUUCUAAAAGGCAAAGAAUGUUACAUUCUUAAAUUAUGUAUCGUUGUUAGACUAUAUAUCCCUACUUGUACUAAGGGACUGUUCAGUAAAGGUUUCUUUUUGCUAGGUAAGCUCCCUCAAUUUUACAGCAGAAGUAGUCUAGCGAAUCUGCUUGACCUCUCAUAAUCUAAAUGAGUCUUGCAUUUGGGUUGGUAUAAGCAUUUUAAUGAUUUUGCGUUACCUUGUUGGAGAAGCUUCAAGAAGGUUGGAGUCAACAGAUGGAAAUGUAGUAGCUGCGGGAUUUUGCGGGUUUUGUUGUUACUCAAAGAUUCCUGGUCUUAAACUUUUGACAGGAAUGAUUAGAUCCUAUAGCUGAUAUUGAAUGCCUUUAUUAGUCAAACACAUCAUGACUACAAAGUCCAUGCUGUCUUUUAAUUUUUUUGUAGACCUAUUUGAACAGUUAAUGAACAAAAAUGGAAACAUACAGCCAUAUCAAUAUAAUGCCUCCUAUUCAGAAGUAAAUACACGCAGUAGCUGAACUAUAUCUGAAAAAUUGUGAUUAUGUUGUCUUGCAUAUGUUAUAUCUAAGGCUGUGAAAGUUUGUUACAGCUCUAGGAAAGUGUAGAAACAUGACAGUAUGUAGCUUU